UCUCUCUCUCUCUCUCUCUCUCAUAUAGCGAGGGCAGGAGCUGCCGGGUGUUAUUUCAUGGCUCUGUUCAGUGUGCUGCUGCUGUGGAAGCAACAAUUUAUUUUUGGCAUCUGACAUUAAAGCUUACCCUUAGCUAUGACAGCGGCCCCUCAGAGCCGCGUGAGCCCCGGGGUUUGACUGGAGCUUCUAGUCCGUCCUUUGGCACUUUGAGAACACCGAGUGAUACUGAUGGAUACCCUUUAUCUCAGGGACUGACCGGCACCGGACACGCGAGCUGUUGUGGGAGGAGAGCAGUUGUGCGGCCUUGGUGGUGAACCAGAGUCCCAGCCAUCAUGACCAAAGAGGAGGAGAACCCUGACUGUGUGGGGGCCCAGGAGUUCUACGCCAAGUACGAAACCAAGGAGAUUCUAGGAAGGGGAGUGAGCAGCGUGGUGCGUCGCUGUAUCAACAAACGAACGUCUCAGGAGUACGCAGUGAAGAUCAUCGACAUCACCCCCUCGGACAAGACGACCCCGCAGGAGAUCGAGGAGAUCCGAGAGGCGACAGUGAAGGAGAUCGACAUCCUCAAGAAAGUCUGUGGACAGGAGAACAUCAUACAGCUCAAAGACUGCUACGAGUCCAAAGCCUUCUUUUUCCUGGUUUUUGACCUAAUGAAGCGGGGUGAACUUUUUGACUACCUCACAGAGAAAGUUACUCUGAGUGAAAAGGAAACCAGGAAAAUCAUGCGUGCUCUGCUGGAGGUGGUCCAGUUUCUCCACAACCAAAACAUCGUCCACCGUGACCUAAAGCCUGAGAACAUCCUUCUAGACGACGAGAUGAACAUCAAACUAACCGACUUUGGCUUCGCUGUGCAAAUCCAGCCAGAACAGAAACUCAAAGAGGUGUGUGGGACCCCUGGCUACCUCGCACCGGAGAUCAUUGAGUGCUCCAUGGACGGAGGGCAUGCAGGAUACACUACUGCUGUGGACAUAUGGAGUUCGGGUGUGAUCAUGUACACGCUGCUUGCAGGCUCUCCGCCCUUCUGGCACAGGAAACAGAUGCUGAUGCUGCGUACGAUCUUGUCUGGGAGCUACGACUUCUCAUCUCCAGAGUGGGAAGACCGCUCAGACACUGUUAAAGAUUUGAUCUCUCGGAUGCUGGUGGUUGACCCAAAGCAGCGAUACACCGCUACAGACGUCCUCAACCACUCGUUCUUUUCACAGUAUGUGGUUCAUGAAGUACGACAGUUCAGCCCAUACAGGCGGUUCAAGGUAAUUUGCAUGACUGUUCUCGCCACAAUGCGAAUCUACUGCAACUACCGCCGUGCGAAGCCCGUCACCAAGGAGGUGAUCAAGAGCGACCCGUACUCUGUCAAGCCCAUCCGCAAGCUCAUUGACGCGUGCGCAUUCAAGAUCUACGGCCACUGGGUCAAGAAGGGACAAACUCAGAACAGAGCAGCACUUUUCGAGAACACUCCCAAGGCCAUCCUGCUGUCGAUGGUUGCCGAGGCCGAUGAGCCGGUCCACCACAUAUGGUAA